AUGCCAGCCGCUUCUUCUUCACGUCGUAAACGCGUCGCACCGUCCUCGGACAUUGAGGAUGGGCCUACACAAAAAUCUACUCGGGAAGACGUCGAAGAAGAAGAUGACGAACAGCCUCAACGCGUAGUCAAGAAGGAGAAGAAAGUAGUAAAGGGCAAAGGUCGCGCUGCCGAGGCUUACUACAGCGAAGAAGAGGAAGACGACGACGACAAGAUUGAUGUCGAUAGCUUUGCUGAUCAACCUUUGGACAAGAGCCAUAUUAUCAGCAUGAAUGGAUUUGCGUCAGACUGGGGGACCAUGAUCAAGACUGUUCAAAGAACAAACAACAUGGUUGCUGAUGUCGCUGUUGCAUUAGCCGAUAACGUCGAAGGUGAUGUCGGUAAAAAGGGCUUGUUGGAACUAGAACGUUUUCUCAAGGAACUUGUUGACAUUGAGAGUGAGAUGCACAUUAAUUACGAAGUCAUUCAAAACCUGGUUCAACAGGUAACCAUUGGCACGGAGAUUGACAACAUCGUCGAGCAAUAUCAAGACAACGUCAGGAAAAACAAAGAAUCAUAUACCUCCAAAACGACAAGGCAGAAGUACGCGAAGAACGAAACAUACAAGAACUUCAAGCAAUCUGUUUAUGAAAUCGAACAUCCUGGAGAGGCCAUGCCUCCGAUCACCGAGUUCAUGCCAAAAGAAUCUGGCGAUGACAGUGACGACGACGAUGACUUGGAAAUGGGUGCGGUGACGCAAGACUAUAAAUGCCCCCUCACGCUGAGGCCCCUAGAGAAUCCGGUUACUUCUGAAAUCUGUGGGCAUUCAUUCUCGCAGGACGCUAUUCGGGAGAUGUUUGCUGGAUUCAGAGGCCCUAAGAAAUGUCCUGCCUCGGGUUGUACGCGGGAGUUUAGACUUGUGGACUGUAAGCCAAAUAAGGAACUUGUCAAGAAGCUCAGGCUGCACGCGAGGAGGCUGAAGAAAAAGGAACAAGAACAGGACGCGGAGGAAGUUAUCGAAUGA